AUGACUCUCAACUCAUUGCGUCCUGGAUCUCGAGCUCUGCAGAACUUCAGCAGAGCUCAAUUGCGUUCAUACAGCCAUGCCUCAACACCUCUCACCUCACCUUUCGCGCCCCGUCAUCUUCUCUCCAUCGCAGAUCUCACUCCGUCCGAACUUACUACCCUCGUUCGCUCCGCACAUUCGCACAAGGUCGCACUAAAGUCUGGCGCCGUUCCUACGUCCCUCCUCAAUUCAUUGACUGGUAAAGUAAUUGCCAUGCCAUUCUCCAAACGCAGUACUCGUACGCGUGUCUCUACCGAAUCGGCGGUUACCACAAUGGGCGGACAUCCUAUGUUUCUUGGCUCCGGCGACAUCCAAUUGGGUGUUAAUGAAUCAUUAUACGAUACUUCAGUUGUGAUUUCGAGCAUGACCUCAGGCAUCGUAGCUAGGGUGGGACCUCAUUCGGAUGUUGCAGGUUUGGCAAAGUGGUCGAGUGUACCGGUCAUUAAUGCUUUAUCCGACGAAUACCACCCCUUACAAACUAUUGCCGAUUACCUCACGAUCCACGAAGCAUUCCCAUCGCAACCUUCCAGAAGCUCAUCACAAAUCACACCAACCUUGGGCCUGGAGGGCAUGAAGAUCGCUUGGAUUGGAGACUCAAAUAAUGUUCUCUUCGACCUUGCAAUUGGAGCUAUGAAAUUAGGUAUCAAUAUUUCAGUUUCUUCACCGGAGGGUUACAAGAUCCCAGAAUAUAUGCGUAAGAUCAUACAAUCUGCUGCAACCACAACAGAUACACCAGGAACACUUACAGAGGUUUCUGUGCCUGAAGAGGCUAUAAAGGAUGCUGAUGUAUUAGUGACUGAUACAUGGAUAUCUAUGGGCCAAGAAGAAGAGUCAGCUAAGAGGCUUAAGGCAUUUACUGGAUAUCAAAUUACGGAAGAGAUGGCAAAGAGAGGCGGUGCUAAAGACGGAUGGAAAUUUAUGCAUUGUCUACCUAGACAUCAAGAUGAAGUCAACGACGCAGUAUUCUACGGCCCCAGGAGCUUGGUCUUCCCAGAGGCUGAGAACAGAUUAUAUUCUGCUAUUACUGCUUUGGAAGCAUUCGUAGUCAACAAGGGCAAGAUUGUGUGA